GCGGAUUUUGCUACUUCUGCUGUAGACUUUUUGCAUAGGGUUGGUCGUACAGCUAGAGCCGGUCAAAUUGGACUUGUUACUAGCAUGUACACUGAAUCCAACAGGGAGCUUGUUGAUGCCGUUCGUCGGGCAGGGGAACUUGGUCAACCUGUGGAAACUGCAUUUAGCAGGAAAAGAAGCUUCCGCAACAAGCUCAAGAAGAGGGGUACUAAUAAAGUAAGAGAUUCAGCAACUAUUAAAGAGAGUGUUCUAGGAUGAUAAUACUGUGAUACUCGGUGUGUAAAGCUGCUUAUGCGCCAAUGACAAUGUGAACAACAUUAGGAACCAUUGCUUCAAGUGUUAGCUGUUGCACCUACAUGCCUCGGAGUGAAUGGCACACAUGUAACGGAUCCUGCCAUUUCUUGAGGAUUAUGUAAUUGCUGUGAAGCCAUCCUCCAUAUCCGAGUUAAUUAAUCCAUUCUACUUUUUCUGUUAUCCCUUUCGUGGGUUUAAUGAGUAGAUUGUCUUUAUCCAAUCUUAGUUUCAGGGGGGUCAUUUUUUCCAUCAACACCAUUUACUGUAUCUGAAGUAUUCAAAAUAUCCAAGUGUGUGUAUGCAUGUGUGCCCCAGUUCCUAGGAAAGUUGCUGAUAGUGGAAACAUUUUCAUGGGCAGUUAACUUAGUUCCUAUCAAUUUUUUCCAUGUAAAUUAUGAGCCAUUAUAAUGCAUUCCAUAUUUUGUUCUCAGUACGUAUAGUUAAGUUGGUUAAACUUCAAUGCAGCAAGACCUAUAAAAUACCAUUUUUCAUCCCUA